GUUUCUAGAUUAGUCAGCAAGGUAUUUUCGAAACGUUUGCGAUGAGAAUCUCGAAUCUAUGCGAGCAAAUUGACAGUCCUGCACGCGCGACACAUAGAAGGUCGAUACAUAAAUUCGAAGGUUGAGCAGCCCGCUGCCCUGUCCAACGACAUGAUUUUCAUCGCAGAAGAUUAUCAAUGUAGGCGUGUCGCUCGCAAUUCCCAAUAGUCCUGGAUAUGUUUGGGUACAGUCACCUGCUUGCAUUCGAGUACAGGCAAGAAUAUUUGAGCUCCAUUUGAUCUGACUGGCAGGUUUUUACACGCACCUCAUCGACUAUCACAACUUCAAGCUUCUGCUUACGUAAAUGGCAUAAUAUCGUGGGGUUCCUCAUCCGAUGCUGUGCACCCACGGUACCAUGAUCAUAUCCACAGUUAACGAUAUUCAAAGUUUCCCUCCUUUUGCAUCUUUACCUUCAGAAUUACUCAUCGAGAUUUUUUCGACUUGCAGCCUCACAGGUGACUGGCAUAUCCCCCUCACACUAUCUAAAGUCUGCCGUUUAUGGAGAGACUUGAUCGUAUCGGCACCCUGCAUAUGGCAGACCAUCGUCGUACUAGAAUCGAGGCGCACCAUGUCCUCCAUCCGUACUCAGGCAGAGUUAUGGGUCGCUCGCUCUUCGCCUCUUCCAUUCAAUGUAGUCCUCAAGCUAACAGAUUUCGAGCGACUGUUACCCAUCAUGUCGUGCUUCCUCCCCAAUAUCGCCCGAUGGAUGCGCUGCACUAUCACUUAUGACGGAAGAACUUUCGAGACAUCCUUGUCCGACCUCACCCUAUCCUCGCCUCGUCGCAUGCUACAUCAUCUCGAUAUUCUUCUCAAGACUCCCUUCGAGGACGUCGCAGGUGAUGACGAAGAUGAUGUCAUCUUUUUCUCCUGUGGAAGCGCGACAUACCGUCACAUAUCCAUGAGAGUAGCAACGACCAAACUGCCCCAUACAGAAAUGGUCAACCCCUUAUUAUUCACAUCCCUCGACAUCACAGAGACUGCAUUUGAAUACUCCGUCCGUUCACCGGACCUCCUUCGAUUUCUUGCCCAUUGUCCGAACUUGGAGCACUUAUACUUUCACGGUUUAUCCAAUGAUGAAGGCACUCUUAACGCACCACCGCCUUCCAUUGCCCUCCCGCGAUUACACACGCUCCUCUUAGACCAGGUUUGCAAUCAGCGCAGCAUCCUCUCGCAUCUUCACCUUCCUGCAUUGCGAGAGCUUCAUCUGCGUCACAUCAAUGUAGACUACUCACUCGAACCAUACCACGUCUCCGAAGAAGGUGACAGCGACGACGAGUCCCACGACUUUUCCCAGUCACCACACAGCGACCUUCACACUGGUAUGGGCAUCCGCAAACUCUUGUCGCGCUCACACCCCCCGCUCGAGAUCCUAGACAUGGAUUUAUCAGAUAUGCGUACCAAAGACUUCCGCUGGGUCUUUGAUAAGCUGUCCGACCUGAAACAGUUCUCCAUUGUUGGGUCGGAUAUGUCGGAUUCAGUGGUUGCGCUGUUCAUGCCUUUUGUUGUUGAAGAUGGAGAUGGGGAGCGGAUGAGCGUACGCCUGCCCCAGCUUUCGGUUCUCAAGAUGUACAGCUGUCAACAGCUCUCGGGGGAUGCGCUUGUGAAAGCCUUGAGUGCACGCGUCCACUACACGGAUCAUGCAACGCCAGAUGCUACGCUGACGACGGUGGUCAUUUCAAGCUGCAAUGAUUUUACUGCGGGUAAUGCUCAAGAGUUGUCCUGGGAUUUGCACGAUCGUCUUCAUGUGUCGUGAGGCUGUCUUUGAUUUGGAAUGACAUUGUUAGGGAUUGUUUUAAGGGUAUGGCCUCAGUGCACAUAGACGUAUUUAUACUG